UAGUUUUAUUGACAAGUUGACAAGUGUAUUCUUUGACACGACGAAUGAUUGACAUUAAUAUUUUUAUAAAUGAUGUAUUUUUUAUCAAAAUUUUGUCGAAUAUGUGUUCAGACGGAUGUAAAAUUAACAGAUCUCAGCACGGUGGAUUACGACAAGGUGAAAUUGAGCGAUAAACUGGAAUAUUGUACAAAAAUGGUUGUCACAAGGGAAAGUUUCUCGAGCGAAAUAUGUUUACAAUGCAUAACUAAGUUAAGAGUCUCCUAUCAGUUCUUGACUAUGUGUAAAAAAUCUACUAAAACUCUACAGGGUUAUUUGAGGGCAUUAGUAUCAAAAGACGAGGAAAAAAUAAUUCCAUCUUUCAUAAACACUGAGCUAAGUGUAAUUGUGGAACCUAUUUCAGACAAUGGAUUGUGUAUUCCGGACAACUGUGAAAAUGAAUACACCACAAUAAGAGAAGGUAGAGAGAAACGCAGAAGAAUAACCAAGGAACAGCGAUGCUCACUACUGAAACAGUUACUGACACCUGCAGAAAACAAUAAACAUGAAAGAGAUAAGUCUCUGUACCUCAGGCAAAGGUAUUCUGAUAAUAGACCAACAGACACUUGCCGCGGUGGUCUGAAAAAUAUUAUUAAUUUUACCAAAAAUUACGAGUUUGGAGUGAAUCUAGAUAAAAAUUCGAAUUAUGAAAUGACUCCCUUAGAGAAGCUGCGAGCUUUCUCCAAUGAGUUUUUCAGGAAUGAUUUCACCGAGUUUAAAAACACAAUUUUGUACAUCAUAGAAAACAAGGACAAUUUAUAUGACAGUGCUGACAGUGAAGAUGACGAUAAUAAUUUCCGAACUUCAUCAGAAGAAAGAGAUUCCAAAGAUGUAUUUGUCAAAUUUGAAGAAGUUACUGUGGAGCCAGAUAUCCAAAUAAAAACAGAAGACUUUGAGGAAGAGUACAAUGAUCAGGAAUAUAUGAGUGAUUUGGUGGAGUGCAAACAGGAAAUGAAGGACGAGGAUUGUGAUGACGAAUUUAUCAAUAAUAAUUCCUUUGAUCUUUGUUCCCCAUCUCAAAGUUACAACGAACAUGUAGCCAAAGUUAGUUCUUCCAGUGAUUCGAUACACUUUUUGAAUAAUUUUGUAGGUAGUUAUCCACACCGAAGGACGUUUUCACCUCAAAAUGUUCGUUGUCGAACAAGAGACAAUCCCUACAUUAAUCCAAUGUUGAGACAACAGUUUCUGUAUAGGAGUUUUAAGUGUGACAAAUGUAGUAGGUAUUUCAAAAGUCCCGGUUAUCUCAAAGCUCAUCAUUCGAAAGUUCACUGAUAUAAUGAAAGUUUGUUAGGUGAAGCUUUGAACAUGUGACUCUUCAUACACUGGAUAUGGUUAUUUCAAUUGUUGUCUGUAAAAUAUCCUUUUCAUGUUGUUUUUACAAGUAAAAAAUGUAUAGCCUUUUUCUAAAUUUGUUGAACAGAAAAGUUAUAAUUUUCAGAAUUGUGAAUAUUUUUAAUAUUUAUUUCAAGACCCAAUAGAAAUCAAAUGUUGAAUGUUUUUCUUAUCUUCAAGUAAAAAUAUGAAUUUAAUAUAUAUGUGAAUAUAUCCAAAAUGUUGGGUGGAAGUUUGAAAGAGAACAAUUGUUAUUCACAUUCAAAUUAAAAAAAAAAUAACAUGGUUUUUCCAAUGAAAAAAAAUCAAUUGACAAUUUUUAAACCUGUUAACAGAUUCAAAAUUCUUCAAGUGGAAUUCCCAAUUGAAGAAUCAAUAUUUUUUAAUGAAAUUAUAUAUCAGUAAAUUUGGGAGCAUUGAAGUUUUAAUUUGUAUGUUAGGUUAAUUCCAUGAAAUAUAAGGGUUUAUAUUCUAAUUAGUGAAGUAUCUACCAUCUUUCCACAUAACGAAGUAUUUUUUUAUUGAUAAUAUUCGGAAUGAAUACAACUCCUCCAAAACUAUGAAAUUACAGUUUGAAAAUGAUUCAAUUGACAAUUUUCAAAAUGAAAAGUAUCAAAUUCCAGUAUAGAAAACAUCAAUUGAUAUUUUAAUUGAAAUAAACAUGAUAAAAUUGUUGACUCUAUUUUCAACUGAAUUAUUUAAUUCCACGUAUUACAGAUAUCUUCUGAAUGUGAUAGAAACUAGUCUCAGGUGUUAGUUCUUGGUUUCAUUUUAGAAAUUGCAAUUUUAAUUUUUUUUUCUAUCGAGUUUUUCUCAUUUUCUUGUAUUGAUUAUAUUUUGUCUAUGUCAUGACGCUUUGAUUUUUUUAGUAAUACAUUUAUUUUUUGUUUGACAAAGUAAUACUCGUAAUUCAAACUUCCAUUCAAUUCGCUCGAAUCCGAAUUUAAAAGUGUAUAAUGUGUUAAUUCUAUAUGGAAACUUAGUGUUAAAUAAUUUGCAAUAUAUAUGUAAUAUAUAAAGGAAACUUCCAAUGAAGUGAUGGACAAUGCUUUUUACCGAGUUGUAACUGAUUUUAUUCAGUGACUUCAAUGUUUUUGAUAUUAUAUAAUUUUUUUAUAAAGAAAAUUUAGAUAUUUGUUCUGUUAAUGGAUUGACAAAAGUCCUGCAUAUAAAGUGUUCCAAAAAUAUAGAACAAUUUUUUGUUAA